AUGUGCAAUCCUCCUUUUUUCGAAUCUUGUGAGACUGACAAGCGAUUCUCCGUUGACAAACGAUCUGGUGCUCUUCUGAAUGAAUGCAGUGUUGACUCUGAAGAAGCCGAGCGUGCACCUCCACGUUCAGCCACAUUGGCGCGACGGGGUGAACUAGAGUUCGAGGGUGGUGAAGUUGCAUUCAUCGGUCGUCUUAUUGAUGAUAGCGUGCUACUUCAAACUCAAGUCAGUUCUUUUUCCGAGGCGUUUUUUUUGUUUGGUGAUCUGUUUUUUGAUGAAAAGCUCAUGAUUCUUUCAAAUUGCUGUGCUGAACCGCGUGAUUUGCCAUUCGGCCUUGCAUUCCCACGCGAAAUCCAAUAG